AUGUGCUUGAGCAUGUCAUUACGGUCGCUAUUAAAAGAAAAUUCAUUGUUCCCAAACACUCAUUGUAAUUCACUCAAACUUCAACAUGAGAGAUUGAAUUUAUGUUUUAGCUUUCAAAACAACCAGUUGAUUGAAACUGUUCUGAAUAAGAACAUAAAACUCGAUAAAGCAUAUGCCCAAGUUUCAUCAUAUGCUCAUUAUUAA